CCCGACUUUCUUUCUCUUCAUGUUGGUUUCUAACUUCCAUUGCCAUCUGAAGCUGCAGGCAACAAUAUCUCCCACUGACCCACUCCUUCUCCUUCUUCAAGGAGUAACUCAUAAUCAAUUAAGCACUGCGCUAUCAUAUCCCUGGUCAACGAGAUGUGAUCGAUGUUCAAUUUUGUCGCACGAAGUAUUGAAUAAUCAACUCUUCGAACGCGCCCUGGGAUUAGAAGCAGCACUCUUACAUGGAUGGAAUGUUUGGGCUUCAAUCUCCGCCGGACUACGUCCACAGGCCUGUCAUGCCACCGGACGGACUGUUUGACUGUAGCUACAGUUACCACGGCAUGAUUCCUUCCCUCGCGGACGAUCGGAUUCCGAUGCUCGGCUCCGACGACCUUACUGCCGCCUCCGGCUGCUUCCAUUGCUCAGUCGACUCCGAAGCCGGUUCCGUGACUCCCGAUGCUCACUGGAGAGGCGGAGAACGGUUAGACGAUGCGGCUGCUGAGAGGGACGACCUAGGCUACGAUAACGACGGUAUUAGCUUGAUCAAAGCUCAAAUCGCCGCUCAUCCUUCUUAUCCGAAGCUCCUAGAAGCUUAUAUUGAUUGCCAGAAGGUAGGAGCGCCGCCGGAGGUCGCAACGCUUCUGGAUGAAAUCAGGCGAGAAAACGGCUUGCUUAAGCAUGAUGGUCGUGUGCCCGCGUGCUCUGGAGAUGAUAUUGAGCUCGACAUUUUUAUGGAAACCUACUGUGACAUCUUGGUGAAGUACAAAUCAGAUCUCUCCCGGCCAUUCCACGAAACUACUAACUUCCUCAACAAUAUUGAGUCUCAACUCAGCAACAUCUGCAAAGAAGAUGAGAACAGCAAUGAGGCCAUAAGUAGCGAAGAUGGGGAACUGAAGAACAAGCUGCUAGAGAAGUAUGGCGGUCAUAUAAGCAGCCUAAAACUGGAAUUUUCAAAGAAGAGAAAGAAAGGGAAGCUCCCCAAAGAUGCCAGGCAUAUAUUGCUUGAAUGGUGGAAGGAGGCAGAUAAGGUAACGUUGGCUGAGAUGACAGGGCUAGACCAGAAGCAAAUCAACAAUUGGUUUAUAAAUCAAAGAAAGCGACACUGGAGGCCAUCAGAACAUAUGCAGGUAGCUGUUAUGGACAACCUCUCCGCCGCCGCCGGACAAUUCCAUCUUCUCCCUUAAUUAUAAUAGUAAUAACGGCGAAGUACGAUUAAUUCAGGUCUCAUUUUCAUCGGCCGGCAUGUGGGGAAUCUCUUAUCUCCCCUAGAGGCUCUCUUCAUUUCCUGUACAUUUUAUUUUAGGCCAAUGUAAUUUUGCUCCCAAAUCUGAGCAUACAAUCAAUCACCACUUCAGUCGUCGCUUUAAUUCUAAGCCUAAGUAAAUUUCAAUGCAAUUUUACUACGAGGC